UUUGAACCUCUGAAAAGGUUAUACAUAACCUCAAAAUUUCAUCAUUUAAAUAUAUAUUUUUUCAACAUGUUUUUUAUUUCUUUUUUAAUUUUAUUAUUAUAAAAGUCAACGGAUGCAAUAUAAAAAUAAUAAGAGUAAUUAUGGAUAUGGAAGUGGAAUUCGAAGGUGAAAAUGUCACACUGAAUGAUCAUAAUAAUCAUAAUACGACGACGAAUGAAAGUAAUAAUCCUGAUGCUAUAAGAAGUUACCUAUAAUACAUUAUUCCCUUUGGUCAUAGACAAUAAAUUGGGUUACCAAAGAUGUUACCGGAAGAUUCGAAAGAGGACUUGCAACAACAAUUUUUAGACCACGUUCAUUCCCUGAAGGAGAAACUAGAUGAGAGUACGGAAAGAAAUGCAAUUUUGGCUGAGCAGUCCCAUAGAGCUCACGCUUAGACUUAGACUUAGACGAUAAGGAUCUGACCCCCGAGGAGUUACGUUAUGCAGUUACGUCAUCCAGGUUGGGGAUAUCUCAAACCUUUCGCUAAAGUUAUCAAAGAGUGGAGUAAACUUUGUCCGGGACUGGAAAUCGCUGUUGUUGAGGCUAUUAACGCGGAAAAAGAAGCUAGUCUCGCACAAGGAACCAGUUUAGUAACUGACGUAAUGUCUGAUGAAGCGUUAUUAAAUGAGUUUAAAUUAAAAUUUAAUUUAGUUGAGCGUCCUAUACCCCCUCAGUUACACGAUGUUUCCUCACAGACUGAUCACAGACCCAUUGCUUCGUCUUCCUCCACUCAGACAUCCCCAUGUGCUGACAUACAGUUACAACCAAGCCCUCCUGCUAGCGGUUCUAUUCUCAAUCUUCCCUUUAUUGAUCUUACUUCACCCGGUUCCGAUAACUCUCCUCCUGUUGUCCAAACCAGGUCACAAUUAAAUACAGGUACUAUUCCAAAAGUUCGCACAAAUUCGACAAACACUUUUGGAACCAACACCUCAGACACCUUUCCGAAUUCCGAGUCAUCUGAUUUUCGACGAACUUGUCGCUCACCCAAACGAUACAACUCUGACGAUGCACCCAUAUUAAAAGAAAAUUUUGUUAGAAAUAAAAAAUCAAAGCCACACCCAGCUGAACCUUCUUGUUCAGAUUCAACUUGCUAGCAUUCCAAAUCACAAAAAUCACCCCCUAAGACCAAUAAACUUAAUAAACAAUAACCUUCACCCAAGAGACGCGAUAGUACCGAUUCAAAUCGUUCUCACUCGAACAAUGAAUAUUAUCGACAGGAUCGCUCGCCCAUCCCAUCCCUAUUGCGAAUUACGGUUGAAGUUCCACACGAAAUAGAUCCGGAAACUAUUAUUUGGCUUCGUAGACAAAGUCGCCACGGUUGUUGGAAUUGUGGUAACCGACGUCACGGUUAUGAAGAAUGGCCUUUUCCGUUGAAAGAAUUUUGUCGCGAAUGCGGAGAACCAGAUGUUAAAACUGUCGAUUGUCGCAAUUGCGAAAUAAACCGACAAAACAUGAAUCACACAUAAUUAUUUGAUUUAUUAAACCUUACAUAGUUUAUUAAUGACAUACAAGUGAAAUUUUUGUUUAGUUUAACAUUAAAAUGUCUAUAUUAUAUUGAAAUGAGUUAAUAGG